GUUAUCAAGAUGGCAAUCAACAAAAAAAUAAAUGUUUUUCUAACAUCAUUUUUCUUGUUUUACAUCAAUCAUGGCGCCGUCCAAGCCACAACACCACCUACUGAUGUGUCAUGCCCAGCCCCUGGAACAAUAAUUGUUAACGUCAGUGACGGAACUAUAAACAGUGUUCUGGUGGAAUGCGAAUACAAAGGAAACCACACCGUGAGAACAAUACCGAAAAAUGGUACCAUCGGCAGUAUACGUGUUACUAACUGCACCAUAAAUAAACCGGUUAAACUUGUCCUUUUCAAAGACAACCAUGCUUUGUCACUCGGAGCUGUUAUAAUGAGGAAAAAAUCUCAUAUAGUGAAAGAGAUCAUCGUCGUUUGUAACGGAUCACACAUGACGGUCAAUCAAAAUUUUACCAAUUCCGUUCUCGCUCCAACGGCACAUACAAACAUUCCACUGCGUAAUACAUUGGUCAUGAAAGUGACGGACCUUAAAGGAGAAGUCCUGACCGCUGCUGUUGAUAUAGCACACAAUUAUACGUUGAAUAUCACCGGCCCACGUAAGAUUGUAUUGUACAUAAAAGAACCACUGAAUACAAUAUUGUUAUCAUAUAUAAUAUUGUUCAGAUAUUAUGAUAAUGAAUGAUAAAAGACGAAUAUAUUUUAAUUUGAAAAUAAAGGGAGUUCAAUGCAUAAGACACAUUAUCUAAUUUAGAUUUGUCGGUUUAUCUUUAUCAGUUAUGCUCAGAAACAGCAAGACUUUCUAUAUUUUAACGCUUUGUUCAAACAUAUGUAACGUAGGUUCACAAUAAUAACAAUCCACGCCGUUGCAGU